GCCGCCUCGGAGGCGGACGGAAGGAGGCGGGGACAGGCGGGAGCGGUGCGCGCUCACGGAGGAAGCGGAAAUGCGUGUUGGUAUUAAAGGCGUCGCCCCGCCCCCUGCUUGCCUCUUUCCGUCUCCGGCUGCUGUAGGGAGCGGAGCUGCCGCCAUGUCCGCCCACCUGCAAUGGAUGGUCGUGCGGAACUGCUCCAGCUUCCUGAUUAAGAGGAACAAGCAGACGUACAGCACCGAGCCCAAUAACCUGAAGGCUCGCAACUCCUUCCGCUACAACGGGCUGAUUCACCGCAAGACUGUGGGCGUGGAGCCGGCGGCCGACGGCAAAGGGGUGGUGGUGGUGAUGAAGCGGAGAUCCGGCCAGCGAAAACCUGCCACCUCCUACGUGCGGACCACCAUCAACAAGAACGCCCGGGCCACCCUCAGCAGCAUCCGGCACAUGAUCCGCAAGAACAAGUACCGUCCAGACCUGCGCAUGGCCGCCAUUCGCAGAGCCAGCGCCAUCCUGCGCAGCCAGAAGCCGGUGAUGGUGAAGAGGAGGCGCGCCCGCCCCACCAAGAGCUCCUGAGCACCUAUUUCCCCCUCCCAAGCAAUAAAGAUGUCAGCCACCUC